AUGCAUCGCCAGGAAGUGCCUCUUGUCAACGCCUUCCUGACUGGGGUAAAGAUUGAUGCUGGGGAGCUCGCUCGGACCAAGGUCACGGACUUCUCCAAUCGGGUCCAGAAGACGGUGCUCUCUAUCGCCAAUGCUUUUGGGGAUAUGUACCUCACCCUAGCCAGGGCGGAGAGAGAGGUGGACUUGGCUAGACCCCAUUCUAAGACAGCCAAGGCUGCUACCGCCGAGGCUCAGGCUGCCAUCCGGGAGAGGAACGUGCUGCAGCUGAAGGUGGGGAGGCUGGAGCGGGAGCUAAAGGAGACGACCCUGCGGCUAGAGGCGGUAGAGGAGGCUAGGCUCGAGUCUGAGAGGAGGAGGACCGAAGAGCUGAGCGUGGGUCGUGCCGAGGCUGUAGAGGAGUAUCAGGGCUCGGACAGGUUCAAGAGUCAUGUCCUGGACACGAUGGUCGAGGAGCAGUAUGGGUGGGAGAUACUGGUUGCGAGGUUUAAUCCAGAGUUGGAUAUAAACUUCGACACCAGUGGUGUUCCCCCUCCCAUUCCUUCCGGUUGGGAGUCACUGUUUGCAGCCACUCCGUCGCCGAGGCUACGAGUCCUUCGGAGGCUGAGAUGCGAGGAGGUGCCAAUGCUAGCGGAGGGGAGUCGACCGUGGAUCCUGACAUAG